CCCAUGUAAAUAAAUGAUCAGAAAAACAGCCGCAACAAAGAGCUCGAUCUGCCAUCAGACCUCGUACCUAUGGCGAAAUUGCAAGAAUCUCCGAACGUUGAAGCAAAUUCAUGCUCGCAUGAUCGUCGAAAGCUUCAACUCCGAUCGUUCCGCUCUCAAAGAACUCAUCUACGCCGCCGCAAUUGCCAUCCACAACAACAUCGACUAUGCCCACCAACUGUUCGACAGAAUCUCCGAACCGGACCUCUUCAUGUGGAACACCAUGAUGAGAGGCUCAGCUCAGAGCUGCAGACCCCAUUUGACCGUUUCGCUCUACUCUCGGAUGGAAAAGCUUUUCGUUCAACCCGAUCACUACACUUUUCCGUUCGUACUAAAGGCGUGUACGAGGCUUUCAUGGGUUAAUAUGGGAUGCGCGAUUCAUGGGAAAGUGACGAGACACGGGUUUGAGUGUAAUAAGUUUGCGAGGAAUGCGCUUAUAUACUUCCAUGCGAACUGUGGAGAAAUCGGAGUAGCGAGUUUGCUAUUUGAUGCGUCCGCGAGAAGAGAUGUUGUGGCUUGGUCUGCUCUGACUGCAGGAUAUGCAAGGAGGGGGAAUUUGGAAAUGGCCAGGUGGCUGUUUGAUGAAAUGCCGGUGAAGGAUUUGGUCUCGUGGAAUGUUAUGAUCACGGGUUACGUAAAGCAGUUGGAGAUGGAGUGCGCGAGGGAGUUGUUUGAUUUAGUUCCUAAAAGAGAUGUUGUGACUUGGAAUGCAAUGAUUUCAGGCUACGUACUUAGCGGAGAGCAUAGAAAGGCGUUGGAGAUGUACGAGGAGAUGAGUACUGCAGGGGAGUGUCCCGAUGAAGUGACAAUGUUGAGCCUUUUGUCGGCAUGUGCAAAUUUAGGAUCUUUAGAUAUUGGAGAGAAGAUUCACUUCUCCAUUCGAAAGAUGGGGGAGGGUGUUUUGGGAAUUUUUCUCGGUAAUGCACUUAUCGACAUGUAUGCUAAAUGCGGAAACAUUGAGAAGGCGCUUGAUGUGUUUCGUUGCAUGAGAGAAAAGGAUGCAACUUCAUGGAAUUCCAUAAUUGUUGGAUUAGCUUUUAGUGGUUACAUGAACGAGUCCAUUUCGGUUUUUGAAGAUAUGAGGAAGAAGAAGUUUAGGCCGAACGAGAUAACUUUUGUUGGGGUAUUGAUUGCAUGUAGUCAUGCAGGGAAAGUCAACGAGGGCCGUGCUUAUUUUAACUUGAUGAAAAAUGCGUACAAUAUUCAGCCAAAUGUGAAGCAUUAUGGAUGUAUGGUAGAUUUGGUUGGGCGGGCGGGUUUGUUAAACGAAGCAUUUGAGUUUAUCGACAUGAUGGAGUUCGAGCCGAAUGCUAUCAUAUGGAGAACAUUGCUUGGAGCUUGUCGAAUUCAUUGUAAUGUAGAACUGGGGAGACUUGCUAAUGAGAAGCUGCUGAAAUUGAGGCGGGAUGAAAGUGGUGACUAUGUUUUAUUGUCGAAUAUAUACGCUUCAAAUGGCGAGUGGAGUGGAGUUGAAAACGUGAGGAAAUUGAUGGAUGAAACUGGUGUGAAAAAGGAACGCGGGUUCAGUUUGGUUGAUGAAGAGAAGAAUGAAUUUCUCGGAUUUUUGCUUGGUUCGGAUCAUCGUGCAAAUGCAAGAAAAAGCGCAUGUUAGUUUUUCGAAAGUGAGAUUUUGUUAUUCUUGAUCCUAAUUAAUUAUACAUGUUAUAAAUUAUGUUACAUUACAUAUGACUUAGCAGUUCAUUUUGUUUGAU